AAAAAAAAACUUCACAAAAAACAACACAUUCAGACACACACACAAACACACACACACACAUACACAGUGUUAUCUUCAACACUCUCUCUAUCUUCAAUUUAGGGUUCCGAAUUUUCCACCAAAAACAUGGACUCUGAUUCAUGGAUCUCUUCUCGUCUCUCUAACUCUUCACGCCGUUACUAUUCUCGAUCCGAUCUGUUUCUAGGUGGAAAUGAUGAUGCUGAACCUGGCGGUGGUGAUGAUUUAAGGGCUGAAUAUCUUUGCCCUUUUUGUGCUGAAGAUUAUGAUGUUGUUUCUCUUUGUUGUCACAUUGAUGAAGAACAUCCUCUUCAAGCUAACACUGGGGUGUGUCCUGCUUGUGGGCAAAAGGUGGGAAUGGAUCUUGUUGCACAUAUUACCACGCAACAUGCAAAGUUUUUCAAAGUUCAGCGGAAAAGGAGGGUGAGAAAAGGAGUCACUAACUCAACAUUAUUUAGAAAAGAGUUGAGGGAAGCAGGAUUGCAUUCUCUUCUUGGAGGUUCUUCAUCCACAGCUUCCUCAAAUUCCGAACCCGAUACUUUGUUGCAAUCGUUUAUUUUUAACCCAGUUGUAGGUGACGAAGCUUUGAGCGAACAAUCUAGUUCUUCCAUUGAAGCUGCCAUAGUAAAAGAUAGCUCGAAAGAUGAUUUCGUGGAAAGAAAACCACAAGUACAGCUGUCAGAUGAGGAUCGAGUAGAGAAGACCCGAAGGUUUGAUUUCGUGCAAGGGCUGCUGAUGUCUACAAUUCUUGAUGAUGAGUUAUGACUGCAAUUGUAGCUGGUAUACUAUAAUAGGAGCAGGAGCUGAUCGCGAGGGAGGGAGUUCAUUCGAGUGUUACAGAGUGGCAGUAGCUAGAUCGGAUAAAUAUGUAAUGAAUGUAUUUAUAGUUAUGUUCAUAGAAUGCAGAGAUGAAGAAACCUUUAUCGAGUAAAUAUGUAAUGAAUGUAUCUAUUGUUAGGUCCAUCUAAUAUGCACCUAUUCAAAUAUGGGCCCUUAUUUCAGCUGCUACACUAGACUGACAUAAUUGGCUAACAUAAAAAAGACUCUGGUCCCUAAAA